AUGGAGGAAUCAAUUAUCAUUGAAGCCUUCAGAGUUAGUUUACAGCCAGACAAUGAAGCCAGAAAGCAAGCUCAAACCUUACUAGCCUCUUUUCAAACAUCCCCAGGCCUCAUCCCUACACUAAUGAAGAUUGCAUUGAGCGAGCACCCCAUCGAGAUAAAACAGCUGGCUGUAAUCUUUCUCAAAAACCUUACAAAAAUAUGGAAAGACUCAAAAAGAGAAUUUGCGUUGCCCCCAAAUGAUAAAAUCUUUUUACGAACAAAUAUUAUUGAGUGCUUGAGGUUUUCUAUACCUGAAAAGAUCAGAUCUCAGUUUGAGGAAAUUGCUCAUAACAUAGCCAAGGUGGAUUUCCCAUGGGAAGAAAUUCUUGUUCAGGUUGAUGCAGCAUUGAACUCUGAUGUUGACCACAUUUAUGCUGCCCUUACUAUGAUAUAUCAGAUUGCUAAAGUAUAUGAGUUUGCAAUGGACGAAAAAAGAAAAAACUUGAAGCUGCUUAUUGACAGGUGUUUUGGAAAACUUGACCAGCUACUAGGAACCUUCUUGGGUGAAGGUAAUGCAGAUGCCUUUAGAUACAUGGCAUUAGUCCUUCAAAUAUUCUGGGUUAGCUUCUAUAUUGAGCUUCCACAAAGCCAGACAUCAACUCAGCAAUUGGACUCUUGGCUUACAAAAUUCAAAACAAUUCUACUCAUUGAUUUAGGGAACUUGGAAACACCAAUUACAAAUGAUGAUGAAAAGAAGCUGAGGGAUUCGAACCCUCAUUGGGCGUGCAAAAAAUGGGCUGCCCAAAUAGUGCAUCGAUUUUUCAACAGAUAUUUCAAUUUAGCGUAUCUAAAAGACCAUAACCAAAUAAUCGGCCAACAUUUCCAAAGCCAAUGGGCACUUCCAUUAUUCGCAGUUGUGUUGCCGUUACUUUAUAAGAGAGCAUCAUGCUACAUUCCAGAUAUAGUCACAAAUUACUUAUUAAAAUAUGUAUCUCAGGGGAUAAAAUUCGAAAAUGUUGCCGAGCAGAUGAAAACAGCAGCAGCUCCUAAUGGAAAAUUAGCAAUUCCAGCGUUGAUCACUGACAUAAUUAUUCCGAUUAUUUAUAGAAACCCUUCUGAUGAAGAGCUAUGGCAAGAAAAUCCUAUAGAGUUUGUAAGAAAAGAAAGUGAUUUAGGAAGAGCUUAUUAUUCUGCCAAAAGCUCUGCUAUUGAUUUAUUAAUAGUGAUUUGUGAAAAAGGGUACUUGCCUACCUUUUUAGAUUAUGUUAGCACAGAGCUGCAGUCAAGUCCUCAACUUUUACAUAAAGAAGCCAUUUUACUUGCCCUUGGGUCAAUUUAUCAAAUUUUAAAGGAAAAUGUGGAACUAGCACAAAACAUUCAAAAUAUUCUUAGUGUGUAUGUGCUCCCAGAAUUCGAAAACCCUGUUGGGUUUUUAAGAGCCCGUGCAUGUUGGAUGUAUGCCCAGUUCGCUUCAUUUCCUUUUACAAACGCAGAGCACCAAGGCUUAGCUUUACAAAAAAUAUGCCAAAUGAUGCUCGACCCUGAUCUUCCAGUCAGAACAGAAGCUGCAACUGCAUUGCCUAGGCUCCUAUUAUGGAAUAUUUCCAAAGACAAAGUAUCAAGUGAAAUCAAAGAAAUCCUCCAAGUCUACCUAAAGCUGAUGAGUGAAAUUGAUAGCGAAGACGUUGUGGACGCUUUAGAAGAAAUUGUAGGACGAUUUUCUACUGAAAUCAUUCCUUAUGCGCUUGAAUUUACACAGCAUUUGAUCGCAACUUUCUUUAGAAUGUCAAGCAAUGAAGGAGCACAAGACGAAGGUGAAAGUGCAAUGGCGGCUGUAUCCAUUUUAAACACAAUUGCAAAGCUUGUAGACUCUUUUGAAGAAAGACCACAGGAUUUGUUAAAUAUGUCCUAUUUGCUGGUGCCUGUUUUUGAUUAUUGUCUAAAUGAGAAAGGUUGCGAAUUUUUUGAAGAAGCUGUCCAUUUAUUGACAAGCUUGCUUUAUUAUGCACCAAAGGACUUUUUGCCACAUCUAUUUCCGUUUACUAGAUGCUUAAGGGCUUCUUUAUUAGGGGAAGGAAAUGUGAAAGCAUAUGCAUUAGAGCAUACACUUGAAGUAUUUUCUCCUAUAGCCAAUUUCAUUGCAAAAUAUUUACAACUUACAACUGAAAACCUUGGGAUAAUUCUUUCAAUGGGCCUUGAUCUAUUAAAAGGUGAAGCUCCAGAAGACCCUGACUUAAUAACAGGCUGUAAAAUCCUUAUUGCGCUUUUAGAGAAUCUUAAAGGUCCAUUAGAUCAAUUCAUUCCAGAAAUAGUUAAGCAAGUUUCUACUUUAUUUAAGCUUAAAGUAAAAAAAAAGGUCAAAGUCCAUGCUGCUGAAGUAAUUUGUAUUUCUUUGUGAAAUAACCCAAUAGUCACUUUACAAGCCCUGCAAGAGCUCGGUGUGCUGACUGAGGUCUUUAGAGGCUGCUUUGAAAAUCCUGAGCAGUAUAACGACUAUUUGCCUAGAAAUUAUGCAAUCUUAGGACUAUCAUCGCUAGUCUCUAUCUGCGAAAAUCUGCCUCCAGUUUUAUCUGAAGGAAUGCCAUUUGCCUUGAAAACACUUUUGAAAUUAUGGAAUGAUUUAGAUGAAGGCGAUGAAGAAGAAGGAGGAGAAGGAGGAGAAAAUGGCCCAGCCGUCAUGAUUGAGAGCACUAAAUUCGAUGCUGAGUACCAAAAGUUAUUGGAAAAAUUAAAAAAUGCAAAAGACAUGGAAGAAGAAGAUGAUGAUGAAGAUGAUCCAUUUGACGGGACACCUGAAGAUCUCUAUGAUUCACCAUUUGAAAACUUUGGGUUAAAAGAAUAUCUCAAAAAUAUUUUAGUGAAUUUCUCUCAAAGAUGCCCAGAUAUUCACUCAAAAGCAUAUGCAGGAUUAACAGAAGAAGAGAUAUCAGCAUUAAACGAAAUUAAUAGCUAA